GCUCUGGUUCUUUACACCUACAAGACACAAUGGUCUCCAGACUCUCUGGAGCUCCUCUGUGGCCAACAUGGUGCCAUUGUGCCCCCCCGUUGUUCUGGUCCUUUGUGUGUUAUUUCCAGGAUUCUCUCUCUCUCUCUCUCUCUCAUCCUACAUUACCCAGAUCCACCUGGACUCGGACCCCCCCCCCUUGUCUGGUGGGGAUCUGCGCACAGAAGAAGAGCGCAGCAGCCAAUCACAGACGCCCUCUGAACACGCCGCGCGACCAAUCAACAACGAGCCUCUUAUUUACAUAGAGACGGGGACGAGCCAAUCGGGAGUCGGCACAGGAGAGGAUUUGGACUCCCGUGCCCAAUGGCUGUCGGAGGUCGGCCCGGAGAGUUCUUUUUGGGGGAGUGCAUAUAAUCAACAUAUUAUCGAAGGUGCCUAGAUAUUGAUCCCGUAUUCCGAGGUGUAGUUCAAAUUCUCCUCUCCUGGACCUUCGGGUUUGACCUCGUUUCGUCUCGUGCUCGUCGGAGAAUAAAUCAACGCGUAAAAGAUGCCGAAGAGGAAGUCUCCAGAGGGCCCCGAGGGCAAGGAGGCCUCCAAAGUCACAAAGCAAGAGCCCCCCAGAAGGUCGGAGAGAUUGUCAGCGAAACCUUCAGCCAAGCCUGAGACCAAGGCCAAGAAGGCCAUCGUCAAGAAGGUGGCAGACGAUAAGGCGCCGAAGGCAAAGAAAAGCGUCCCUAAGGGUAAGAAGGAUGACGGCCCCGCCCACAACGGAGAGACCAAGACCAAUGAGGAAACUGAGGAGGCGGAGGAGAAGGAGUAAAGACCCGGGGGGGGGGGGGGCGUCCACCUGACUCGUCCCCCCCCUCCACCCCCCACACCCCACCACACCCCCCUUCUGACACCGUGGCAGCAAAGCAUCUUUUUUUACUGACGAUUUUUGUACCAUGCCGAAUUUUUUUUAGACUUGUGAUAGUAGAGACGGACAACCAGCAGCCCCCCAUCCCAUACGCUCUCCUCCCCCCCCCCCCCCCCUCGCCCGCAGUAUGUUUUUACUUUCUUUUUUUUUUUGCUCUACCCUCCUCUUCCUCCCAUUCUCUCUCUCUCUCACUUCUGUAUCGCGAUACCUCUGGGGAAAAUGGAAAAAAAAAAGACGGGAAUGAAGUGUUUCUAUCGGGCGGGCUGCAGGUGUUCUUCAUCUUUCCUGAAGGGGGGGGGGGGGGGGGCGUAAAUACGACUGUUAUGAUCUCUAAACCAGCUCAUAUUUGUAGUCUCCGGAAAGGAUCAUUCCUAUCAUUGCACCCCCCCUCGCCCCCUCCCUCCCCCAGAUGGUUAUACGGUGAGGAUUCGUGGAUGCGGAUGCACCGUUUGGAUGCAGAGCCACAAUAAACCAGAUCCACAGUCGCCAUUGAGAACAUCUGCAGCUUUUAUUUUUAAAGAUCUUACUUUUUUUUUAAAUCACCGCCACUGUGUUUCACAUAGCUCCCUUUUUUUGUAUGUGUGUGUGUGUGUGUGUGCUGGAGUGAAUGUGUUUGUGGGUCCCAGUGUUUGUGUUUUUUUUUUUUUCUUAUUUUUUCUCCCCUCCUGACCCGGCCUUUGUCGGCAAUAAUGAGUGGCGCUUCUGUUCUAGGACCCCUUUAUUGGCUUUGGACCCUCUGGGGCUUCUCUUGAGUUUCAUCCUGUUGGGAGAAUAUUUUGAAAAAUAAAAUAAAAAGUUGAUGUCACGUGACGCA